ACUGCCCCCGAGAAGGAAGGUUCCGUGUGGGCCGGAAGUGAAGGGCAAGGUGGCUCCCCGAGCGGAAGUAGCCCGGGCCGAGGGGGAGGGAAGGCGGCCGACAGCGAGCGACUGAGGAGGAUGAACAACAAAUUCGACGCUCUGAAGGACGAUGACAGUGGAGACCAUGACCAGAACGAAGAGAACGGCACACAGAAAGAGGGUGAGAAGGAAAAAAACGACAGAGAAAAAUCCCACGGCAGCAGCAAGAGGAAGGCUGUGGUUCCAGGCCCAGCUGAGCACCCCCUGCAGUAUAAUUACACCUUCUGGUACUCCAGACGGACGCCCGGGAGGCCCACCAGCUCGCAGAGCUACGAACAGAACAUCAAGCAAAUCGGCACCUUUGCCUCGGUGGAGCAGUUCUGGAGAUUUUACAGUCACAUGGUCCGUCCCGGGGACCUGACGGGGCACAGCGACUUCCACCUGUUCAAAGAAGGAAUCAAACCCAUGUGGGAGGACGAUGCCAACAAGAACGGCGGCAAGUGGAUUAUCCGCCUACGGAAGGGCUUGGCCUCUCGCUGCUGGGAGAACCUCAUUUUGGCCAUGCUGGGAGAACAAUUCAUGGUGGGCGAAGAAAUCUGUGGGGCGGUCGUAUCUGUUCGUUUCCAGGAGGAUAUCAUCUCCAUAUGGAACAAAACAGCCAGCGACCAAGCGACCACCGCCCGGAUACGGGACACGUUACGGCGCGUGCUCAACCUGCCCCCCAACACCAUCAUGGAGUACAAAACGCACACGGACAGCAUCAAGGCCUGGGAGGAGUUUCAUGGGCUGGUGAACAACAGCGGUCGCUGACAGGGCGCUCUCCCUCCCUCUCUCACCCACCCAGGGGAUAACUCAAGCUUCCGAAAUACCAAGAUCACUUUGUGAGGAGGGGAAGGGCGGCGCUCGGCUCUUCCUCCUCCAUCUGGCCCAGACAAAAGGGGGAGGGGGUAUCCCCACGCAGGCCCCGCAGUCUCGGCCUGCCGAGGAGGUUUGCACCUUUCCCCUGGGCUUUUCCCGCCUGUAUCAAAGACUGACCUCCUAGCGCCCAAACGUCUUGGCUGGCUGAGCGGGUGGCUUUUCCGUGGUGUUCCUCAGCGGCCUCGGGCGCCUCCUGCCUCGCUUCUGUUUGAUGCGGAGGAUCCUUCUAUCAAGGGCCUUUUUGCUGCCCAGGGAUUUUUCAGUAUUACGAGCAUCUCUGCAUCCUGCCACGGAGGCAGCCUGAUGAUUGGCAAAUUGCCCCCCUCCCUGUUCACCUCUGCCAAUAAAUAAUGAGGCCUCUG